AAAGUUAAGAAAUUUUAAUAAGAAUCUUAAUAAAUAUUUAAUAAAAAUGGGAAGCCUUUUUGCAGAUAUUCCUUUUAUUAAGAAGGAUGUUAUAUUUGGAUUAAUGGAGAUAUAUAGAGAUGAUGAUUUCGAAAAUAAGGUAGAUCUUAGUGUAGGGAUUUAUAGAGAUGAAUAUGGAAAUACUACGCCACUUUCUUGCGUGAAAAAGGCAGAAUCUAUGUUAAUUUCGGAUCCAGAAUAUAAUCAUGAAUAUUUAGCUAUUGAUGGGUUUUACCCGUUUAUAGAGCACUCUAAGAAGCUUAUUUUUGGGAAAGAAUCACCAUUAAUUAAAAAUGGCUGUGUUUCGUCAAUUCAAACGAUAUCUGGAACGGGAGCGAAUCAUCUUGGAGCUUUAUUUAUGUCUAUAUAUAACAAAAGAAAAAUUUGUUAUUUUAGUAAACCUACAUGGUCAAAUCAUCAUCCUAUUUUUGGACAUGUUGGUUUUACUGUUAAAGAAUAUCCAUAUUUUGAUAAAUCGACAUGUGGAUUAGAUUUUGAAGGAAUGAUUGGAACAUUACAAGAAGCACCAGAAAAUAGUAUUGUUCUUCUUCAUGUAUGUGCUCAUAAUCCGACUGGAGUUGAUCCUAGUCGAGAACAAUGGAUAAAAAUAUGUGAUGUGAUGCAAGAAAAAAAACUAUUUCCUUUUUUUGAUGUUGCAUAUCAAGGGUUUGUAUCAGGAGAUUUAGAUGAAGAUGUUUGGCCUAUUCGACAUUUUUCAGAGCGAGGUUUAGAGCUUUCAGUAUGCCAUUCGUUUUCUAAGAAUUUUGGGUUAUAUGGUCAACGAUGUGGUUGUUUUCAUUUGGUAACCAAAUCAUCUGAAAUAGCGAAAAAUGUUCAGAGUCAGCUUGUUCGUUUACAGAGAAAUGAAAUAUCUUCUCCUCCUUCUCAUGGAGCAAAAAUAGUUUCUCUUAUUUUAGAUAGUGAAGAGCUUACUCAAGAAUUGAAAUUUAAUAUUUUAGAAAUGUGGGGUAGAAUUAGGAAGAUGAGGGAAUUGUUUUAUCAAGAGUUAAUAAAACUUGGUACGCCUGGUUCAUGGGAUCAUAUAAUAAAACAAGUGGGAAUGUUUUCGUAUUUAAAUAUGAGCGAGAAACAUAUUCGCCGUUUACAUGAUGAAUUUCAUAUUUAUAUGCCUCCGAAUGGGAGGAUUUCUAUGGCUGGUUUAAGACUUGGGAAUAUAGAGUAUGUUGCUAAGGCAUUUGAUACUGUUAUUCGUGAUUUAUAAAUUAUAAUUUUUGUUUAUUGAAAAUACUUUAUGAUUUUCAAUGAAU